AUGAAGGUUAAGAUCAGAUGCACUCUUGAUCACAGUGUGCCCCGUGAGGAGUUGCACAUUAAUGGGGAUGAAUAUGGCAGUUUAGAAUCAGGCAAACAGUGCAUUAAAGACGAGAAUGACCUUAGCGGUUGCGACGGCAAUGCAGCUCGGAGACGCAGCAGCGGGCCUCUAGUUUCUACCACCGCCCAUAGAAAAGAGAAGCGCGUUUUACAAAGCUCUCAGUCCCAAAGCAUUCAAGAAGUCCAGAUGCAAAUAAUAGAACAACGUGAGAAGCCAUUAUCAGAAGCUCAGGCAGAAGAUACGAAACACAUUCAGAGGUUGGAAAAAGAGCUGCGGAACUGUUCCCAAGAAAUAGAUUAUCUUCAGGAUCAACUAAGUGCUAGGAAUGCAGAGGUGAACUAUCUGGAAGAGCGUGUUCACAGCCUUGAAUUGAAAUUAGAGGGGAUGGAAGUUUUACAUGAGGAGGUUUUCAGCUUGAGGGAGGAGCUGAAACGAUCCACGUCAAAGCAAUUUUCCUUGACCCAGGACCUAGAUAAUAAAGAAAUAGAAUUAAAAAAGUCUGCUUUAUCCAUAGAGAAACUAGAGGACUCAUUUUCAUCCGUAGCAUUAGAGUCUCAGUUUGAAGUAGAGAGCAUGAAGCUUGAGAUGAUGGCCUUGGAACAGAGUCUUUUUGAGGCCAAGAAAAUCCACGAUGAAACUCUAGAUGAAAAUAAUAGAAUGAGUACAUCUAUUGAGAAGCUCCAGGUUGCAUUGCAGGAUGCCCAAAAUACCAUCAUCUCCCUAAAUGAAGAGAAUAGGGAUCUUAAGGAGAAGCUUGAUACUGCCAACAAAAUCUCUAAGAUUUUUUCUCAAAACGAUGAUUACUGGCUGGAAAACAAGGACAGAUUACAACUCGAUUCUCAAUCUUCCUUGAGUGAACAAGGCAACAACUCUACCAUAGUGGAGGACACAAGUUCUGAAGUACGUGGUCCAAAUAUUGGAAGACCUGUCUUAGAUCCAGCUGCAGAUUUGAAAGGGGAGAUGGAGAUGUCACAACAGAUCCAAGAAUAUGAAUGUCUUAUCAAGAAACUUAAGGAAGAAUUAAGAGAGGAGAAGUUGAGGGCUAAAGAAGAAGCAGAGGACUUAGUUCAAGAAAUGGCAGAGCUGAGAUACCAAUUUACUAGUUUGCUAGAGGAAGAAUGUAAGCGCCGUGCUUGCAUUGAACACGCAUCCUUGCAAAGAAUUGCUGAGUUAGAGGCUCAGUGUCAUGCAAAAAGAAGUCCAUUGAUUGAUUUGCCAUUGUUUCUCAGGGUUUAUGGUUGGUUGAAAGCGUCGGCAAGAAAAUUGCCAUUCUGGGCUACAGCAUUGUCCCCAUUCCCUUCCAUUGUGAAGGGGCAGGGAGGGGAGAAGAUAGGUUCGUAG